GAUUGGAGAUCAUUGUAGUAGUCUUAGGGUUUUCACUUUUCAACGAUUUUAACCUUCAACCCUUUGUUGUCGUGAUUGGAAUUUGUAAGAGCGAAAAUGGACGAAACUACAGAGGGCAAAACCGUCACGGUGGAAGUUGAACCCAAAAAGCGCGAAGCUGAUUCGGAAAGCGACGAUCUUGUUGAUGUUCCCUCGAAGAAGCCAAAGACGGAAGAUUCUUCGGUUGUCGAAGCUUCUUUCGACAUUGAUGCUGAUGCAGCUGAGGAUAAGGGUUCUAGGCACACAAUGGAAGAUGCUUGGGUUGUUCUCUUAGACGCAACUUUAGAUUACCCUGGAAAAUUAAGGUGUGCACAUUUUGCAAUUUAUGAUGGCCAUGGAGGACGGUUGGCUGCAGAAUAUGCACAGAAGCAUUUGCAUGGGAAUGUUAUCUCAGCUGGAUUACCACGUGAGUUGUUGGAUGUAAAGGCAGCUAAAAGAGCGAUACUUGAUGGUUUUCGUAAAACCGAUGAGUCUCUUCUUCAAGAAAGUUCUGAAGGGGGAUGGCAGGAUGGUGCCACAGCUGUCUGUGUCUGGGUAUUGGGACAAAAAGUUUUCGUUGCAAACAUAGGAGAUGCCAAAGCAGUUUUGGCUCGGUCAGCUAUAAGUGAUGGAUCCCAAGGUAAUUCUGAUGGAGCCCAUGCACUAAAGGCCAUUGUUUUGACGAGAGAGCACAAACCUAUCUUCCCACAGGAACGUGCACGCAUUCAGAAGGCUGGUGGUGUUGUAAGCUCAAAUGGGAGAUUGCAAGGGCGUCUAGAAAUUUCUAGGGGUUUUGGAGACCGGCAGUUCAAAAAGGUGGGUUGUAGUGCAACCCCAGAUAUCCAUUCUUUUGAUCUUACUGAGAGAGAGCAUUUCAUCAUUCUUGGCUGUGAUGGCUUGUGGGGGGUAUUUGGUCCCAGUGAUGCUGUUGAUUUUGUUCAGAAGUUAUUGAAUGAGGGGCUUAGUGCUGCAGCUGUGAGCCGCCGUCUUGUAAGGGAAGCUGUACGUGAGCGUCGCUGCAAAGAUAACUGCACCGCAAUUGUUAUUGUAUUCAAGCGCAGUUAACUUACUGAUGACACCAUCUCCAUGUGUUACAAUAGCUGAGGCUCAAAUGGAAUCGCGGUUUGUUUAGCUAAUAGCUACAGCUUGAGAGUGUACAAUGUGUGAAUUGCCUACCACAAUGCUAAGUGGUGGCUCACAAGGCAUAAGUGUGCAAUGUUUUUAGCUUAUGCUUAUGAAACUGAUGCAUGAUUGUUGUAGUUGUGGUCAUGUUUGAAGCAAUGGUUAAUUGUGAUAUACAUGGUUGAGUAAUGGUAGUCAGUUUUUUUGUUGAACAUCAUUUUGUUUUGGACUCAAACGAAGAUCUUCACACUAUGAAUUUUCAAGUUUGAAGCUGAUAAGUAAUUUUUUGUGCAGAAGUCCAUGACCAUCAUCACUGAAGUUACUCAAACCAAGUUCAAUUCAGCAUGCUGAGCUUGGGAAAAAUAAUUGCAUUAAAAAUGCGUUUACAAUUUAUUUUUGAAAAAAUGUUUAAAUUAAAAAUAGGAGAAUGUGGCUCUAUAAAGUAUAAACCCCCUAUCAAUCAGUGAAUUUAUAAUUUUAGCAAAUAAAAAAUGUUUCCCCGACUGCACACAAUGUAUCUUCCACAAGCAGCCACUUAACUACGAAUAUUCUCACUUGCUAAAUUUCAUCUUGCCAUUUUUGUAAAUUUAUUUAAGACUCGUGAAAUAAUCUAAGGUUCAUGCAUAUGCACGUU